UGUCGGAUAAUGAAGGGGUAGGUUUGGAGGAGCAGUUCUCUGUGAGACACAGGCAGUGUUAUAACACAUUUGAUCUGAUGUGGAUUACUUAUCUAAGUCUUAUUCAAGAUGAAGUUCGAAGACCUUCUGUCAGACAUUGAUGGCUUUGGAAGGUUCCAGAAGAUGAUCCUUUGCCUCAGCUUCUUGGGGCGUUUUACCUUACCGUGCCACUUCCUGAUGAACAACUUCAUCGCGGGCAACCCGCCCCAUCACUGUGACAUCAGUGGCCUAGAAACUGGGAGCAUCUUUGGGAAUUUGACGCAGGAGCAGAGAUUGACUGUCAGUAUCCCAGCACGUGCAGAUGGGACUCGGUCUUCCUGCCUCAUGUUCCCAGAGCCCCAGUACCAUCUGCUCCUCAACUCCUCCAACAGCACUGAGCCUCCUGCAGAGCCGUGUCAGAAUGGAUGGGUGUAUGACAACAGCACCUUCAAAAGCACACUGGCCUCGGAGUGGGAUUUGGUGUGUGAGAAGAAAGGGCUGAACAAAGCCACAGCCACCAUCUUCUUUGUAGGGGUCAUGUUUGGAGCCGUGACCUUUGGUAGCCUGAGUGACAGGUAUGGACGCAAGAUAAUGCUGCUGGUGUCGUACGUGUCUGGAAUGGGCUUUGCGUUGAUCAGUGUCUUCUCCACCUCCUACGUCAUGUUUGCUGUGCUGAGGUUCCUCACUGGCUUCAGCAUUACGGGCAUCGUCAUCAUCAGCUCAGUGCUCAUUGUGGAAUGGGUGGAUAUUGAGAGCAGGAAGUUGGUGGGGGUGAUUGACAGCUUGUCAUGGACAUUUGGAAAUAUGGCAUUGUCCCUGCUUGCAUUCUUCAUCAGAGACUGGAGGUGGUUGGUCGUGGCAGUCACAUCACCGGUAGCCUUAGCCAUAAUAUCCUGGAGAUGGAUUCCAGAAUCAGCUAGGUGGCUAAUAGCAAAUGGGCGGCUAGAUGAAGCUCAUCACUACUUAAGGAAGUGCAUUAAGAUGAACCACCGGCAGGGAAUGGCCUCCUCCAUCAAGCCAGAGAAUCUGGCUAAUAUUGUGGUGGCAAAUCGAGGGAGCAAGAAAUACUCCUAUCUAGAUCUGAUAAGAACCCCCAAGAUGAGAAAAUUGGCACUCUUUACUGGUCUCACCUGGUAUGGUGUUGCCUCCACCUAUUACGGCAUCAGUUUUAACAUUGCAGGGUUUGGGGUGAAUAUUUACCUCACACAGUUUAUAUAUGCUGCUGUUGAGUUCCCAGCUAAAGUGGCUGUUUACUACUUUCUGGACAAGAUUGGUCGGCGUAAGACAGAGACCGGUGCUCUCUUCCUGGCUGGAUUAUGUCUUGCUAUCACUGUAGUCAUCCCAAGAGACCAGCGGCUGCUCAGAACAGUGGUAGCGGUGUUUGGCAAGGGGUUUUCUUCAGCUUCCUUUGCCACACUGGUUCUAUACAGCUCUGAGCUCUACCCAACCGUGAUCAGGCAGAACGGCAUGGGCUAUAACUCCUGCAUGGGCCGUGUGGGCGUGGCGGUGGCUCCUCUGAUUCUACUGUUGGAUGACGUAUGGGAGGGCCUUCCACAGGUCAUCCUGUGCUGCAUUGCUGUGGGGGUUAGUUUGGUGACUAGUCGACUGCCUGAAACACGUGGCCGCUGCCUGCCAGAGACCAUUGAAGACAUUGAGGGAACAAGGGCGCCUCAAGUGGAAUCCCCCAUCCUCCCUCAGGAAAAUGCAGAGAAAGAAAUUGGAGGAUAAAAACGGCUGAUCAAGGUCACGGUGUUUCAACUUCAUGCAACUGAGUUAGUCCUCUAAACAAAUGCUAAUAAAAUUCUUUUCAGUUUUAAAA